CGUUCCCUCCUCCCUUCGCUCCGCCUGGGAAAGUGGGUUAAGGGAGAGAGCCGAGCGCAGAGACUGCUGCGCCGCACGCUCUAGCAAAAGCAUCCACAAGCUGGAGGAGCAGGAGGAGGGGGGAGGCAGGCAGGCGAAGUCGCAGCUUCUCGCCUUAGGGGGCUCGCUUGCCCUUUUGGAGCUCUUUUGGACGCCUUGAUUUGUUUGCUUUCAUCUCUCCCCCCCCCCCGCCUCGCUUCCCUCCCGUCGGGGUCCCUACUCUUUUUUUUUCUUUUUUUAAAAUGUGUGUGUGUGUGUAAAACCGCCUCCUCGGCUCUUUUCUUCGCCUCCAUCCCUGUCCGGCUUUCCUGUGAGGGACUUAAACAAGCAAAAAGAGCGCGCGAGAGAGAAACAACAGGACAUUAUCUCUUUCCAGCCCCAAGGCAUCGAAAGGAGGGAGAGGGUUGGGGGAGGAGAAGCGUCAAAAGAAGCCAAGGACCAGGUCGGGAAGAAGACAUCCCCCCCUCCCCCAAGAAGCCGAGAGAACUGAUCAUCUGGACAGGCAGAGUUGUGCGUUUUUCGAUCGCUGGCCGGAUAUUACUGUACCUCUCUCGCCUGCUUGCCCUCUCCCUGUUCUCUUUUCUGGGUUUUAAGUCCACCAUCCUCCAAGCACCGAGAGAGAUUGACAGAGAGAAAGAGAGAGAGGGGGGAAAAAAAGUCCAUCCUUUGCAACUCCAGCCAUGGUGGGAAGGGCUCAGCCCGAUCGGAGACAAUUCCCGUUGGUCCUACUGAGACUGCUUUGCCUUCUCCCUACAGGGCUGCCGGUCCGCAGCGUGGAUUAUAACCGAGGCACUGACAACAUCACGGUGAGGCAGGGAGACACAGCUAUCCUCAGGUGUUUUAUAGAAGACAAAAGCUCCAAGGUGGCCUGGUUAAAUCGUUCUGGUAUCAUUUUUGCUGGUCAGGACAAGUGGUCUCUGGACCCUCGAGUAGAGCUCCAGCAGCUUUCUCUUCUGGAAUACAGCCUUCGGAUCCAGAAAGUGGAUAUCUAUGAUGAAGGGUCAUAUACAUGCUCAGUCCAAACGCUGCACCAUCCCAAGACUUCUCAAGUUUAUUUGAUCGUUCAAGUUCCACCAAAGAUCUCCAACAUAUCUUCAGAUGUCACUGUGAAUGAAGGAAGUAAUGUGACCUUAGUGUGUAUGGCAAAUGGACGUCCUGAACCUGUCAUCACCUGGAGACACCUCACCCCAACAGGCAGAGAAUUUGAAGGUGAAGAAGAGUUCCUGGAGAUCCUGGGAAUAACACGAGAGCAGUCAGGCAAAUAUGAGUGCAAAGCUGCAAAUGAGGUUUCCACAGCAGAUGUGAAGCAAGUCCGAGUCACUGUGAAUUACCCGCCAACUAUCACGGAAUCCAAGAGCAAUGUAUCUGCUACAGGGCGGCCAGUUUCACUUAAGUGUGCAGCCUCUGCUGUGCCUACGCCUGAUUUUGAAUGGUACAGAGAUGACACUAGGAUAAAUAGUGCCAAUGGUCUGGAGAUCAGGAGCAUAGGGAGCCAGUCCUUCCUGACAGUGACCAAUGUCACUGAAGAACAUUAUGGCAACUAUACCUGUGUCGCUACCAACAAACUGGGAAUCACAAAUGCUAGCCUAUUUCUUUACAGUAAGUAUGGAAAGAACAGAAAAUAUCUGAGUGAAUUUCACUGUUGUGGUGAAAAGGAUGCUCUGUAG